CACUGACGAAAUUGAUCGGUGCGCGGUUUACAACAGUUUACAACACAACAUUACAACGCGGUCCAAUAUUGCGCGAGAGUUUUGACUUUUCCUUGCAAGUCAUGGAAGACACCGUGUCCUCUACGAUAACGGAGAUGUUCAAUUCGUUCCAGGACUCUCUGAAUAACGAGCAGGAAGUGCGCGAGCAAAUCCGUGUCAUCGUGAAGAAUAUCGAGAAGAAUUCCAGGGACAUACUGAUGACACUACAAAAUAUUCACACGGUGCAUCACACAAUGGAGGAAAAUAUAAUUGUGUCAAAGUAUUGUUCAAAGGCGAGAGAAAUAUUUGGCGACAUAAGGACACAAUACGCGAGUCUGGCUCAAGUGGUACCAAGCAAUCAGUAUUAUCGUUAUCACGAUCAAUGGCGUUUCGUUACCCAAAGACUGUGCUUUCUAGUUGCUCUAGUGAUAUACUUUGAAAUUAAACUCUUGGUCGACAAGAAGACUGUUGCAGAAAUAUUAGGAGUUAAAAAUAACAGAGAGGAUGGCUUCCAUCUAGAUCUGGAGGAUUUCUUGCUGGGUCUGCUUCAGUUGUCUGCCGAACUGAGCCGUUUCGCCGUAAAUAGCGUCACGAAUGGUCAUUACUAUUGGCCGAUGGAAAUCGCGACAUUCGUUAAUGAACUGAACGCAGGCUUCCGGCUGUUAAACUUAAAGAAUGAUAUAUUGAGAAAACGGUUCGACGCUCUCAAGUACGAUGUGAAAAAGAUCGAAGAGGUAGUGUACGACUUGUGCAUCCGCGGCUUGAUACCGUCUCCUCGGCCUAUUGAAGAAACGCCUACCGAAGAGACACCUACCGAAUAGAUUUCUAUAAAUUUUCACAAUAUUUUACAUUAAUACCUCCACAUGUGUACAACGUCGUGCGAAGAGAGAUGAAUGGUGUUUAUAUACAUGUUGAAAAAACAUGAUCUUUAUUUAGAUUUUGAUACUUUUUAUUAAUAGUCGAUAAACUGCUAAUAUAAUCAAAUUAUUUCAGAUAUCAAGAUAGUUUAUUCAUUCUUUCGUAUUUAAAUAAACCUUUAUGUUUUACAAUACUUGAUUAUAAGUAAAUUAUAUAAUUUAUUUUGUGUGAAUUUUGUCUCAUGUUAUAAUAGAAUCAACUAUAUUUGACAUAUAGUUUAAAUUUAUUUAAUUUAAAGAACUAUAAAAAAAAAAACGAUAGGCGUUAUACUAUUUCGCAAUAUUUUAAAAAUUAUGUAGGUGUAAGAUUGUUCCAUGUAACUUGUGUAUUCUAGUAUCAAGAACAAUUAUAUACAGCUCAAGAUACCCAAAAUAUGUUGUUUAUUUUUAUCCGUAUGUAUAUUUUUAUUAAUAAUAAAUAUUUAUUGUGUGUA